AUGGUUAAAAGCUUCUGCCUAGUUCUGCUUUGCAGGGGUCUAGUUCGAAAGCAAAAAGAUCUCUGCCUAACGCAUAAACUGUGUGAGCAUGCCUACCAGACGAACGCACUUGAAGCAAACGAACGCCGCAAUGAAAAUGUUUGCAGGCAUGGGAUCGCAGAUACCAGACAGACGAAUUUGAAAAAGACUUUGAAGAGAAACGCAAAUAGUGAAGAUUCCGUGGAAAGCACAAUUUCCUUACUAUCAGACAGAUAUGAGAUAAAACUGCAAAUCAGUGAUUAUAAAUCAUCUCCGAAGGAGUUCCUACAUGAGUUAUUGUGGUCUUUACUCUACAGGUUCCUGAUAAGUCCGUGUGCCUUCACUCUGAAGGAGUAUUCCUUGUUUGAUCAUCCCGAACUUGCUUUGUUGCAGUGGAGUAGGAAUGUAACGUUUGGGUAUAAGAAAGUUGAUGUUACAAAUUUCUCGUCUUGCUGGAGAAGCGGACUAGCGUUCAACGCGUUAAUUCAUAGAUACAAUCCUAACUGGUUCAAUUAUUCGAAACUUCUGGAAAAAAGUAGCAAGUGGAAUCUGGAGCACGCAUUCAGCCUGGCUCACGAACGGCUUUCCAUUCCAAGAAUAUUGACACCAGCAGAUGUUGAUGUUGACGAACCAGAUUGUAGGUGUGUCAUCCUUUACGUCACACUUCUCGCCAGGUGUCGCCCCGCCACACUGCUGCCCGCCACCAAUCAGCCACAAUCGAAAAACGAUGUAAUUGUGAAAGUUAUUUAG